CAGCGGCGGUGAGCGAGCUGUUCCACCUGGCAACGGGCCGCGGGGGCCCCCUGCAGCUGCGCGGCUGCUCUGUGUCGCUGUGGGAUGAGCUGUCUGCUACCCUGCACUGUGCUCGCACUCAUGGGACUGCUCUUCGCUAGGACCAUGGCCUGGACCUCCAGUGGGAAGACUCACCCAGAGCUGGUCAACAACCUCUACAAAAAAGGAAUCAUUAAAUCCCAGCGAGUCUUUGAUGUGCUGCUGGCUACUGACAGAGGUCACUACAUCAAAUAUUUCCCAUACAUGGAUUCUCCUCAGUCUAUCGGGUACAAGGCUACGAUCAGUGCACCACACAUGCAUGCCCAUGCACUGGAAUUGCUCAAGGAUCAGCUUGUGGAGGGUGCAAAAGCUCUGGAUGUUGGAUCUGGAAGCGGAUAUCUCACAGCUUGCUUCGCCAGGAUGAUGGGCCCCACAGGGAAAGCUGUGGGCAUCGAGCACAUCACGGAGCUGGUCCAUGAAUCCAUCAGAAAUGUCCAGGAAGAUGAUCCAACUCUGCUGAGCUCUGGCCGUGUGAAGCUCGUGGUGGGCGAUGGCAGGCAGGGGUACCCUGAAGAGGCUCCUUAUGAUGCCAUUCAUGUUGGAGCAGCAGCAGCAACAGUACCAAAGGAGUUGCUGAAUGAGUUGAAGCCAGGGGGUCGGCUGAUACUGCCUGUGGGUCCCGAGGGUGCCAACCAAGUGCUGAUGCAGUACGACAAAACCAGCGAUGGGCAGAUCAUCGAGACACAGCUGAUGGGAGUCAUCUACGUGCCCCUGACAGAUAAGGAGAAGCAGUGGCCUCGGGAUGAAUUCUGACGGAUGGAUAUCUCUAUCUAAAGUGACCUCAGAAAGCUGAUGAAUGGGACUUAAGACUGUAAAUGGUCUGUAUGGUUUUGCUUUUGGAUCAGAAGCUUUAUCAGCAGAGGUGCUCAUGAAGGCAAUUUCUGCUUUAGCAGAGCUCGUUAUUGAGGGAUGGAGGAAGGGCCUUUGUCCAGGAGCCGGGGAAGGCUCUUGAGGCCAUGUGAGUGGUUCCAGGUUAACUCCAGCUGUCCUCUCUGAGCUGCAGAUAACAUCUAUUCACAGAGAAUUCCAAAAUCAGACAGGAAUACUUAAAACUUCACUAAAACCACUCCUUAAUAUUGACUACUCUGCCUAAUGCUUCAAGAAAGUAAGAUGCAAUUAUUGCUUCAGAGCAGCGAUCAAACCCUCAUUUGUCAAAGUUUAAUUACUUCCUGUCUCUUCCUGUCUCGCAACAACUAAUUUUGCGUUUCAGAGUUUGGGGGUUAUGAAAACUCCCCUGAAGCGCUCUUCCUCCUCCCGCUUCACCACACGGCCGGCUGCAGCGGGAGGGCUGAGAG